AUGGCGAGAGAGUUGCGGCUUCCCGCGACGACAGAGCAGACGUUUUGGGAGCGGAGGGAGUUCAACAACUUGAGUCCGACAACUAUUGAGAAAUCCAGUCUUACUUUGAAUGGGUUCUUCAAGAAAAGAAAUGAAUUUCUGGUUGAUGACGAUUCAUCACCGCAUGCUCCAACGCACAGCCAAUCAGGGAUCUUGAACCGAUUGGAUGAGUUGGGAAGAAAGCAGACAGAAAUGGCCAAUGAUCUUCAAGCGCUGAAGAAGCUGUUUCAUGAUUUCUCUGUCACUGUUUUGAAGCGAUUGGAUCAGUUGGGUGGAAAUCUUGUUGCACCAUCACAUGAUCAAUUUGUAUCCGACGGUCCAAACAAUGACAAGGGCGGUGCCAAUGCAGGUCAUCCUCAGUCAAAGGAAGUCGAUGACCCAGUUGGACGAGAUACCGACGUGGGAAAUGAUCCAAACCUAACUGAUGAAGCAUUCAACCAGAAUGCUAUGAAGGGCAAGACUGAUGAAGCAAUCAACCAGAAUGCUAUGAACGGCACAUCCCACGACGUUGCUAUGAACCAAUGUGAUGGUGAUGAUGACAUGUUCUCUCCCAUGAAUACUCAAUUUUUUGCCGAAAUUGAUAAGGCUACUGAAGGAAUAACAAAAAGUCGAUCUACUGGCAAGGGAAAGGUUUAA